UAGAACCAAAAUCCACCUUCCAAAGUACUUACAUAACUUUCCAAAUUAAACGACCUAUAUAUAGCCCACUCUCACGCACAAGAAAUUAAGUUAAGCGAAAUAAGUUUGUAACGAUAUGAGUGGUGGUGAAGAAGAUGAUCAAAGGAACAAUAUGAUGACAAAUGAUGAUCUUCUUCUUAGAAGAGGUUCAUGGACAACUGAAGAAGAUUUAGCUCUCAUCAAUUGCGUAGCUCUCCACGGCGAAGGCAAAUGGAAUUCUCUUGCUUCUUGUGCCGGAUUAAAGAGAACCGGAAAGAGCUGCAGAUUGCGGUGGCUUAAUUAUCUUCGCCCAGAUGUUCGUCGCGGUAAUAUAACUCUUGAAGAACAACUUUUGAUUGUUGAGCUUCAUUCACGUUUGGGCAAUAGAUGGUCUAAAAUUGCACGACACUUACCAGGAAGAACAGAUAAUGAGAUCAAGAAUUAUUGGAAGACUAGAGUGCAUAAGCACGCUAAAAUAUUAAGAUGUAACGUUAAUAGCAAGCAGUUUAAGGAUGCCAUGCGUUACCUUUGGAUACCGCGAUUGACUGAGCGGAUUCAAGCCAAUACGACACCGCAUCCAAUCUAUUCUUCCUCUACAACUACAAGCACCAUGACCACUCAGACCUGCUCAGUCAACUCAAAUAACAAGGAUGAUAUUUGUACAAGCCAAUUUGGUUUGACCAACAACUAUUCAACCAAUACUGCAAUUUCACCGCUUUCUGACUUCAAUGCAGAUUGUUAUUAUCCAAGUAGUGAGAAUCAAAAGCAAGAUAUGUUUCGAGUUGAACCACUUGGGGACGAACUUGACGGUCCCCUAAUUAGCCCCUCGGGUUACUUCAACCCAGAGAUGGAUUAUGAAGGUACUAAUUUGGAGGAAAACAAGCAGUGGUCUGGUGGUGAUGAUUUUUCAGUUAGUUUGUGGAAUGUGGAGGACAUGUUAUAUCUUGAACAACAACUUAAAUGUUUACUCUGAUGAAAUUACCCAAAGACUUAAUAAUUAAGUUUA